AUAUAUAGUGGUUCCGGGAAUGUUCUCUGGGAAGCCAGAGAACACCCAGUGUUUACUGAAACCGCCAUGACAAAAGUAUUUCUUUUACUUCUGCUAGCAGCUAUUGCUGCUGGCGUCUUUGAAGCUAAAGGAGUCGUACAAGCCAGAGAAACUGUGAAUGGCGCAGCUGAUUUGGAAUAUGACAGAUAUAGCGAUCAAGAAGAGCAGUAUGAACAAAAGGAUAAUAAUGCCGAUCAUGGCGUGGUAAAACCGAGAAUUCCUACUAAUAGCAGUGAGGGAGAUCUGAAACAGCUUCCCUCGCAUCUCAGUGAAAUACAAGCCAUAGAAGCCAGGGAAACAGUAAAUGGCGACAACAACUUGGAGUAUGACAUCGAAAGCCAGGAGAAUGAGCAGCACAGUAACAUGUAUCUGGCAAAACCCCGAGAACAAAGUAACGGCACUGGAGGAGACUUCGAUGAAAUCUCGGAAGCCAUUGAAAGACUAGAUUUACAAGCUGAAAACACGCCAUGAAAUCCAUCAAUCAUGAUUACCAGCAUGUCUUGAUGUCAAAAUAUGGCUGUAUAUACGGUAAAUUGUUGUCCUAGACGUAAACGUUUUAAAUACCUACCUUGUAUAUUUGAAUAAAACUUGGUCGUCAAAAGA